UUCCAUUUCAAUUGAGUGAUUUGUCCUCAAUCUUUUUUCCGUUCACACAUUACAUUUAUGGAUUUAUGAUUAGGAUUUUUUUAAUAGACAUUUACUUUUAACUUAUUCAUUUGAAAACCCUUGAAUAUUUUUGAGGGGUUUUCCCUCACAAUUAAUAUAAUACCGUCACCCACGAGCAAAGUCAAAAAGUGAGAGCUCAAACAAAAAUGGUGAAAACUGUAGAUCCCAAGCCAGCGCCUGGUUCACAUGAUUCACUCGCGGCACAAUAUGCGAGGGCAAAGGCGCGCAAAGAAGCUCAGGAGCGGGCUAUCAGAGAGGGGAAGAAGCUGGAUAAGGACGGGAAUAUAAUUCAACCCAAAGUACCCAGAAAGAAGGAUAAAAAGGAUGAGCUAAAUGAAGCAAAGAGAGCCAAAUGGAGGAGGGAGUGGUGGGCAGUUGGAGGUUGGUGGGCUUGGUUGGCGUAAGUUUCUCUGCGGAGGGCUUUAGAGGGGCAUAGUGCUAAUCAAUUUCAUGAAUAGGGUUAUGCACGCCGUGGGGAUAUAUUACUUUACAAAAGGAUUCCUACUCACACGGUUGGUGUUGGAAGAAUCAUCGACUUGUGCUGAACCACCGAUUGCAAGAACCGUCGAUUAUAAAGGAGCUGGUACACCGGAGGGGGGAUGUUGGCAUCCAAAGACAUUUGAUAGAGCUGUGGUGGUGAUUGUGGAUGCGUUGCGCUACGAUUUCGCGGUACCAUUCGCCGGUGAUGAUCCGCAGGCUUUUCAUAACGCGUUACCAUUCUUGUACGAAACUGCACGCAGAGAACCACACAAUGCAUUCUUAUUGCCUUUCAUCGCGGAUCCGCCUACAACUACAUUGCAAAGAUUGAAGGGUUUGACAACUGGAACACUCCCUACAUUUGUGGAUGCGGGGUCGAACUUUGCGGGUACUGCCAUUGAAGAGGACAAUCUUUUGGGUCAAUUGAAAGAUGCUGGUAAAAAGAUUGUACAUCUUGGUGAUGAUACAUGGACUGCACUAUUCCCUGGAUAUUUUGAACCGAAUAUCAGUCGAGCAUAUGAUUCCCUUAAUGUAUGGGAUUUGCAUACGGUAGAUAAUGGUGUUACUGAACACAUUAUGCCACUGCUUGAAAAUGAGAAGAAAGCCGACUGGGACGUUAUGUUCGCGCACUAUUUGGGUGUUGACCAUGCGGGACAUAGAUAUGGACCAAAUCAUCCGGCCAUGACAAGCAAGUUACAGCAGAUGGAUAUUGUGAUCAGGGGACUUGUGGACAAGCUUGAUGAUGAUACCUUGUUGGUUAUCAUGGGUGACCAUGGUAUGGAUGGUAAAGGCGAUCAUGGGGGAGAGAGCGAUGAUGAAGUGGAAGCUGCAUUAUGGAUGUACUCUAAGAAGGCGAUAUUCGGUCGCACCGAUCCAACUUUUGUGACGCCUCCACAAAAUGCAAAAACACGACCAGUCAACCAAAUUGACUUAGUGCCAACUCUUGCACUGCUCUUGGGUUUGCCAAUUCCUUUCAAUAACCUCGGAAAGCCUAUCGAGGAGGCUUUUGCGGGCAAGAAAGGUAACGCCUGGGAAACCCUGGCAAAUGUGGCUAGAAUGACCGCUGCUGGUAUUAAGAGAUACCAAGCUGCAUACUUUGCUGCCAGGGGCAUUGACGAGAGCACUAUUGAUGGUUCCCCAUCUGCUCUUUGGUUGACAGCUGAGCAGACGCUGAAUUCUAAAUCAGCUCAAAAGUCUAUGGAAGUUUAUCAUGCAUUCUCUGCCUAUCAAACAGAGACUUUGCGAAUUUGUCGAGAUCUAUGGGCACGAUUUGAUGUUCCUAGUAUGAUCUUGGGCAUUUGCAUUCUUGCUGCUAGUGUACUAGCUUUGGUCCUCUAUGCCAACAGCAAUGCUAGUGAUGGCAAUGAACCCGAAUCGGCGGAGCUAGACGAAGCUCAAGCCAAACUGGAACUUGAAGCUGCUGCAAAAGGAGAGAGAUCUAUUGGAGACGAGGAAAUCAAUCCAAAUUUGCUCUUUUCGAUUUCUUUGGCUUCAGCCGUUGGUGCAGCUGUGGGGCUAUCUCUCUGGACCAUGAAAGCCACUAUUUUGGAAGAUGUAAUCGAAGGGCAAAUUGUGGAAUUGACUGCAAAUGGUGCUGUCAUAGGAGGACUCAUUGGAGCUCUACUUUCAUUGAUAAAAAUUGGUAAUCCCUUCCCGACUACAUUUUGGGGUUGGUUGGCAGUCAUCUUCACUGUUAGUCAAUCUAUUGGCUUUGCAUCUAAUUCCUACACUAUCUGGGAAGACUCGAUCUUGUUGUUUCUCAUCACAACUUUUGGAGUAGCUGGUGUUGUUUCUUCGCUUAGACAAUCGGAAAUACGCAGUCGUACCCUGGGAGUAUACCACUCCAUCGUAUUCAUUGGUCUUGCCUGGGUAGCCUCAUACUCUAAGUUGUGCAGAGAAGAGCAGAUGCCUUAUUGUAGAUCUACAUACUAUGCCUCUGCCACGUCCUCUACUUCCGCCCCUUGGCAAUUACUCAUUCCAUUCUUCUUCGCAUUUGCCUUGCCUGCAUUCAUCAAAUCUUACUACGCAACCAGUCUCUCCUAUGAAGGUUUUGCACCGGCCUGGAUUGGUGGAGUUUUCAGGUUCGGGCUUUUCCUCAUCGCUACAUUUUGGACUUUAGAAGCCGCCGAUGAUGGGAAUUGGUUUCCUAGCUUGAGCGAAGGUGCUUUGAAAGCUAUGCGAGUACCAAUUUCUCAGACAGUUCUUGCUAUGGCUAUCGGUGCUGGAACUAUUGCAUUCAAUUUUGCACCACCGUGCAUUGCUAUUGGCACGGUCUCACUGGGUGACCUUGCACCUGCCGGAGCCCCCAAACAACAAGGUACACGCGUUAUGAUCCUUGGUUAUGGCAAUACUCAUGGUGCCCGAUACUUCCUCCUCAUAACCAACGUACUUUUAGCCGUUCUCAUGGUUCAGAAACCCGUGGGCUUCGGUGCCCUCUCUCUCAUGUCUCUCCAAAUCCUUUCUCUCGUGGAAUUCCUAGAUCUCAACUCCUUGACCAACUCUCCCAUCGGACCUAUCAUGCUAGCCGUCCUCGGAUCCUUCCACUUUUUCAAAACUGGUCAUCAAGCCACUCUUCCCUCUAUCCAAUGGGAAUCCGCUUUCAUCCCUCUACACACAAUCCGCUACCCUUGGUCUCCCAUCCUCGUCGCUCUCAAUUCAUUUGGCCCUCAAAUCCUUGCGGCAACCGCAGUCCCUCUCAUUGUCUUCUGGAAACAACAACCAAAGAAAAGGGGACUCUUGAAAGCAGUUACCGCUGCUUUGGCAUGGCAUAUUCUGUAUUAUGCGGUUACGGCGUUAGCAACGACAAUGUGGGCUGGCUGGUUGAGAAGACAUCUUAUGUUGUAUCGCAUUUUUAGUCCGAAGUUCAUGAUGGCUGGUGCGGUACUGGGGGUUGUGGAUCUGGUAGGGUUGACGGUUGUGCUACUGGGGACUAGAGGGAAUGUGAGUAGUGUGUGGAGUGUGUUUGGAUGGCCUUGAGUAGGGAGGUUGUAAUGUGUGUGGAAUUAGAUUAUUAUGGUUUCAUUGGUGUAGCUGCGCCUGAAUAGAUAAACGGAAGAGGACACUCUUUUGGAUAACAUAGCAUAGCAUAGCAAUGAUAUGGUAUGGUAUGAGUGUGGAGCAAACAGGAAUAAAAUUUAGAAUAAUAGAUUUGUUUAUCACUCAUU